AUGAAGAAUAUGCUGCUGAUUCCCUUUUAUCGAAUGACAGUAGUUACUCCUAAGAGAUAUUUCAUUCUCUAAAUUAAUCAACCUACUAAUUUAUAAACUUAAAGUCUCUUUGAUUAAGGUCAUCUAUUAUUCGCAGCAAAGAAAGAUUAGGGAAUGAUGUACAUUUUUAACACAAAGGGUGAAGUCAUCCCCUAUGAUUUCGCUACUCAAGUAUGCUCCUCACUUAUCUUAGGACAGCACUUACAAUAAUUUAAAAAUUGAGGAAAUUGAAUUAAGAACACAAGGAGAAUGGAAAUAAUUAUCACAUCUAUAUAAAUUUAGAUGA